UAUCAGUAACGCAGGAAGCGAUACUAUAUAACACCGUCGGCGUCCGGCAUGGUAAACAAGCUGCAGCCCCACGCUCCUAGCUAGGACUUGCAGGGCCAAAAGAUGCACGUCCUCAUCAGCGGCGUCCCGUUGUUGCUCCUGGCAGCUGCGGCGAACGCCAUUCCCCUCGAUUUAGUGCCCGCGAACCAGUCCUCAGGUGGUGUGGUCUACGAGGUUCACGCCACCAUCACCCUGGAGAGUCCCGAGCUGAAUGUGGACGAGGGCACAAAGUUGCAGUACGCUGGAGACCUGGCCGUCUACGCGGUCGGCAAGGACACGUACCAGGCACGCUUUCUUAACUUCUCGAUGGUCACUUCAACGAAAACGGCGUGUCCAGGUUGCAGCUUGGAGACCUUGAUCAUCGCGCCCCCCGAAAGACGUUACCCACCUCCCAAAGCUGUCAAUGAUCCCGACAAAUCGCAGGUCCGUCCACUGGUAUUGGAGACACUGAUUAUCGCACCGCCCGAAAGACGUUACCCACCGCUCACAGCUGUCAACAAUGCUGACCAAUCGCAGGUCCGUCCACCGGUUCAAGAGACACUGAUCAUCGCACCCCCCGAAAGACGUUACCCACCUCUCAGAGCUGUCAAUGAUGCUGACCAAUCUCAGGUCCGUCCACCGGUUCUGGAGACACUGAUCAUCGCACCCCCCGAAAGACGUUACCCACAGCUCGCAACUGUCAACAACCCCGACCAAUCGCAGGUCCGUCCACCGGUUCUGGAGACACUGAUCAUCGCACCCCCCGAAAGAACUUCACCACUUAGAGCAGUAAACGAUCCCGACAAAUCGCAGGUCCGUCCACUGGUAUUGGAGACACUGAUUAUCGCACCGCCCGAAAGACGUUACCCACCGCUCACAGCUGUCAACGAUGCUGACCAAUCGCACGUCCGUCCACCAAUCCUGGAAACACUUAUUAUCGCGCCACCAGAGAGGUGUUACCAACCACCAACCACGAUCGGUGAUGCUGACCCGUCGCAGUUGCUCGGCUACCCCGUUCAGUUCGUCCUCAAGUCUGGCAAGGUUGUGGAGUACAAGAUGAGCUUUGGGGCCCCAGCUUGGAUCAACAGCGUGUACCAAACAGUGCUGGCACUCCUUCAGAACCAAGUCGAGACACCUCUGGAGCUCCCUGCUGUGUCGUCCUACUAUGAGGAUGGUGUAUCCGGAUACUGUCGUGUCACCUACGAGGUACACUCGCUGACCGAUCUCCCCACUGAGACAGGACUUAUAACAUGACAAAGACCAAGCAUCUGGACGACUGCCAGCAACGCAACCACGUAGAUAGCGCGAGCGACACUCGGGGACACCCGCCGAUCGCAGGAAACACUUGGCCAACAACAUGCUUCCAUUACCUGUGGACGACGCCUCCGAGAACCGGCCAUUAGGCGGAACUCCAGAGGAUCUUAACACGUUGAAACCAGAGGGAACGGCUCACGAGGUCUCCUACUACCUCGUCAAUGGCAGGCUUCAUUGAGAGCGCCACAUGCGACAGCCUUCACCGUGCUACCCCUGAUCACCGGCCCGGCCCUAGUGCGGGCACAGCUUCAGCUCAAGCUGGCCAGCCAUCGAGCACCACCCAUGGAAACUACGCAUUUUGAUGGGAAGCCACGCACCUCACUCAAACUAAACAUGUCCGAGAUAGUCGGGUGCCUCAACGUAGCUGCCUACGGGGACCUGCUGGUUGAGCCCCAAGUGUUCACCCAGCUCCUCGACGAGGUGGCCGAGGAGCUCUCCACCUUCGAUCUCAACAUUGGGACCAAGAAGAUCCCUGCGCUCAUGCAGAAGCUUGUGCGCAUGGUCUCGCUUCUCAACACUGAACAGCUGAAGCAAGCCAUGCCUUUGUCCCUCCUCAACAGAACCAGCGAAUUGGAGC